GCCGCGCACAGCCCGCGGCCUCCUUCCCCGCCGGCCGCGCUCCGGAGCCGCCGGGCCGCGGCGGAGCGAGGGGCCGGGCGAGGCGAGGGCCGGGCGGCGGGCGCCGGGCCCCGCGGCCGGCACGACGGAGCCCCCGCACGGCCGGCGGCAGCGGUUGGCGGCGGCCCCGGGCCCCCGGCGCGGGAAGCGGCGGCGGCGGGGCGGCGGCGGCGGCGCCAUGGAGCCGCGGGAGGUGAAGGACCGGAUCCUGGAGAACAUCUCGCUGUCGGUGAAGAAGUUGCAGAGCUACUUUGCUGCAUGUGAAGAUGAGACCCCUGCCAUCCGGAACCACGAUAAGGUCCUGCAGCGUCUGUGUGAACACUUGGACCAUGCCCUGCUGUAUGGACUGCAAGACCUCUCAUCUGGCUACUGGGUGCUCGUGGUGCAUUUCACCCGGAGAGAGGCCAUCAAACAGAUCGAGGUGCUGCAGCAUGUGGCCACCAACCUGGGGCGCAGCCGGGCCUGGCUGUACCUGGCUCUCAACGAGAACUCCUUGGAGAGCUACUUGCGACUGUUCCAGGAGAACCUGGGUCUGCUGCAUAAGUACUAUGUCAAGAAUGCCCUGGUCUGCAGCCAUGAUCACCUGACUCUCUUCUUGACCUUGGUGUCUGGGCUGGAGUUCAUUCGAUUUGACCUGGAUCUGGACGCCCCUUACUUAGACUUGGCCCCCUACAUGCCUGACUACUACAAGCCUCAGUACCUGCUGGACUUCGAAGACCGCCUUCCUAGCUCGGUCCAUGGCUCGGAUAGCCUGUCCCUCAACUCCUUCAACUCCGUCACUUCCACCAACCUGGAGUGGGAUGACAGUGCCAUUGCCCCAUCUAGUGAGGAUGGAGACCUCACAGACACUGUCAGUGGCCCCCGCUCCACUGCCUCCGACCUGACCAGCAGCAAGGCUUCCACCAAGAGUCCCACCCAGCGCCACAAUCCCUUCAAUGAGGACCAGGCAGAGACUGUGUCCUCCUCUGACACCACCCCGGUGCACACCACCUCUCAGGAGAAGGGGGAGUCCCACGCCUUGGACCUGCCAGACGCCUGCACAGAGCUCGAAGUUAUCAGGGUCACCAAGAAAAAGAAAACUGGCAAGAAGAAGAAGACCAGAUCGGAUGAGGAAGCAAGUCCACUUCACCCAGCCUCUACCCAGCACACUUGUGCCAGGCGGGAGGAUGGUGACAGCCUUGUCAGUAGCCCAGGCCUUGGGCAGGGCUCACCAGACACCACCUUUGCGUCCCCCCAGGAGGAAGGAGAGGGGCCCAGCAGCACAGCUGAGAGCAGUGAGCGCUCGGAGCCCGGCCAGAUGGGCCUGCUUAUCCCUGAAAUGAAGGACACCUCCAUGGAACGCUUGGGGCAGCCCCUGAGUAAGGUCAUUGACCAGCUCAACGGGCAGCUGGACCCCAGCACCUGGUGCUCCCACGUCGAGCCCCCAGACCAGUCCUUUCGGACCGGCUCUCCGGGGCAUGCCCCGGAGAGGCCGCCAUUUUGCGACUUUAGUGAAGGGCUUUCAGCCCCAAUGGACUUCUACCGCUUUACCAUUGAGAGUCCAAGCACUGUUACAUCAGGUGGCAGCGACCAUGACCCUGCAAGGCCUGGCCAACCGCUGCAUGUUCCUGGUAGCCUUGAGGCUGCUGGCCAAGAAGAAGAGGGAGGAGGAGGAGGAGGAGAGGGACAGGCGCCUCGGCCCCUAGAGGACACCCCGGGAGAGGCUCAGGAGCCAGAGACCCAGGAACUGGAGACCCCGUUGCCCCCGGUCGGUGAGGGGCCUGUGCCUGAGCUGGAGCCUGGGACCCAGGUGGCUCUUUGCCGGCUCAAGCGAGACCAGCCCAGCCCAUGUCUGAGCAGCGCUGAGGACUCUGGGGUGGAUGAGGGGCAGGGCAGCCCUUCUGAGAUGACCCACUCGGCAGAGUUCAGAGUAGACAACAAUCACUUACUCCUGCUGAUGAUCCAUGUGUUUCGAGAAAAUGAAGAACAGCUCUUCAAAAUGAUCCAGAUGAGCACAGGGCACAUGGAGGGCAACCUGCAGCUGCUGUACGUGCUGCUCACAGACUGCUAUGUCUACCUGCUCCGGAAAGGGGCCACAGAGAAGCCAUACCUGGUGGAAGAGGCCGUUUCUUACAAUGAACUUGACUACGUGUCGGUGGGCCUCGACCAGCAGACCGUGAAGCUGGUGUGCACCAACCGCAGGAAGCAGUUUCUGCUAGACACGGCUGACAUGGCCCUGGCUGAGUUCUUCUUGGCUUCUUUGAAGUCGGCCAUGAUCAAAGGCUGUCGGGAACCACCGUACCCCAGCAUCCUGACUGAUGCCACCAUGGAGAAGCUGGCACUGGCCAAAUUUGUGGCCCAAGAAUCUAAGUGUGAGGCGACCGCUGUGACUGUGCGCUUCUAUGGGCUUGUGCACUGGGAGGACCCCAUGGAUGAGUCCCUGGGCCCUGUCCCCUGCCACUGCUCACCCCCCGAGGGCACCAUCACCAAGGAAGGCAUGCUGCAUUACAAGGCGGGCACCUCCUACCUGGGCAAGGAACACUGGAAGACCUGCUUCGUGGUGCUCAGCAACGGGAUCCUUUACCAGUAUCCCGACCGCACCGAUGUCACGCCCCUGCUCUCCGUGAACAUGGGGGGGGAGCAGUGCGGUGGCUGUCGGAGAUCCAACACCACGGAUCGGCCCCACGCCUUCCAGGUCAUCCUCUCUGACCGGCCCUGCCUGGAGUUGAGCGCCGACAGCGAGGCCGAGAUGGCCGACUGGAUGCAGCACCUCUGCCAGGCCGUGUCCAAAGGGGUCAUCCCCCAGGGGGUAACUCCCAGCCCCUGCAUCCCCUGCUGCCUGGUGGUCACCGACGACCGCCUCUUCACGUGCCAUGAGGAUUGCCAGACCAGCUUCUUCCGCUCCCUGGGCCUCGCCAAGCUGGCCGACAUCAGCGCUGUCUCCACCAAACUGGGCAAGGAGUACUGUGUCUUGGAGUUCUCCCAGGACAGCCAGCAGCCCCUCCCACCCUGGGUCAUCUACCUGAGCUGCACGUCUGAACUGGACCGAUUCCUGUCUGCACUGAACUCGGUGUGGAAAACCAUCUACCAGGUGGACCUCCCCCACAAGGCCAUCCCGGAAGCCUCCAACAAGAAGAAGUUCGAGGACGCCCUGAGCCUCAUCCACAGCGCCUGGCAGCGGAGCGACAGCCUCUGCCGCGGCAGAGCCUCCCGGGACCCCUGGUGCUGAGGCAGAGCUGGCUGGCAUCCCGGUGGGGCAGGACGGGGGCACGCCAUGCAGCACAUACUGUCAUCGCUGUGUCGUCGUGCUGCUUGGGGCCAGGCUUCCACCCCUGUUCUACAGCCCACUCCCACCCUGGAUGGCAGAACCACAAGGGGGGUUUAGGACAGGGUCUGUCCCCUUCCAGAGAUCCAGAACAGAUGUUCAACACCCCUGGGCAUCCUGCCUGGCAGGUGGGCACUGGAGAGUGCCGGGGGCAGAGGGUCUGAGCCCUGUGGGCUCUGCAGACGCAUGGCCUCCUCCGUGGGGCCCCCGCCUCAGUCCACGCCAUCUCUCUAGGUGGUGAUGGAAUGAUAUCGACUCUGAGGGAAGUGGAAGGACUGGGAGGGCAGGAGGCCCCUCUUCCUCUCCUGGGUCAGGGCCCGGGCUGAGGCUCAGGGGGCCCUGGGGGCCCUGAGUGCCUGGCCAUCGUUGUUCAUUUUUGAACAUCCGCCUGGCCAUGCAGGGAGCUGGAACACUAAGGUCCCAGUGCAUGUUUUCUCCUAACUCCAUCCCCAGGCACACUGCUGCUGCCUUCCAGGGCCCGGGGCUAUGGACUGGGGGCCGGCCUGGCCCUCGCUGGCUGCCAGGAGGCCCUGCAUGUCCAGAGCCCCCUGCCCCUGCCUCUCCCCACCCCCAGCAGUGCCCGUAGGACCCAGGAAUCACGCCGUCUCCUUUUGCCAGGAGCAAAGGGGAGGGAGGAGAGCUUGGAGAGAAGCAGUGCCCAGCAGCCUGGUGUCCACGUUGGCGCCUCCUGACUGUCCCCUGCUUGGCUGAGCCGGGCCCUUCCCGACAGCUUUGUGAAGGGCCCUCUGGGGAAGGAGUCAGGUGGUCUGGGUUUUGUUUUUUAAAAUAAAAUAGACAUGUUAUAUUGCCAA